UUUAUUUUAGAAGUAAUCAAUUCUCAGUGACUCACAAGCUACCUACUCCCGCAUCUAAUCUAUUUCGUCUGGCCCAAAUUCUUAUUACCGUGUCAUCCUCUAAUCCCCCAAUUUAGCCUAACAAUCAAACAUCUAAAAUUCUAAACCAAGCUUGCAUCAAACAUCAAAGAACUCGAAUUCUUAGCUAAACAAUAUGGACAUUAACAACGUUAAUUUCCAUGAAACCAAAUUCACAGACCAAAACGGUAUACCACAAACCACAAGAAUACCCGUGGUACAGGAUUUAGCCGGCCUCAAAAACCUUCCCCAAAGAUUCAUCCAACUUUCUUCAAUAUCCAAAUCUUUUAGUCACGAUAUUCCAGCCAUAGAUAUAGAAAAACUCGGCGGCGAUCCCGAGUCGGGGGCGGCCAGAGUGGAGGAGCUAGAGAAGUUGGUCACUGCAGCUAAAGAAUGGGGAGUGUUUUUUAUCAAAAACCAUGGUAUAGAUUCUUGUAUAUUGAAUGAUGUUAAGAAUGUUGUGAAAGGUUUUUUUGAGUUGUCUUUUGAAGAGAAGAAAGCGAGUGUUGGAUCAUAUAAAAGUGUUGAUAAUAUGGGCUAUGGGAGGAAUUUUGUGAAAUCGGAAAAUCAGCCACUGGAUUGGAUUGAUCGGUUGACUAUGAAGGCUGCUCCAAGAGAUGCCACUCAAGGACUCAAUGUUUGGCCUCAAAAUCCACCCAACUUUAGGAAAGUCAUAGAGAAGUAUGUGGAUGCUGCUAGAGAACUCUUAAAUGGGCUUCUCCAAGCCCUUGCUGAGGCCUUAUCACUUGAUAAAUACACAUUCCUCCAAUACUUUGAUGAAGAAAAAAGUGAAAUCAAUGUUAGAGUAAACUACUACCCACCAAGCCCAAGGCCUGACCUAACAGUGGACAUAACCCCACAUUCUGAUGCAAGUGCCCUAACUCUCUUACUCCAAUUUAAUUCCUAUAAUGGGCUCCAAGUAUUUAAGGGCAGUGAAUGGAUUACAGUGAAAUGGCCCAAUGAGGGAUUGCUUGUGAAUAUUGGGGAUUUCAUAGAAAUAAUGAGCAAUGGUAGGGUAAGGAGCCCUUGGCAUAGGGUAGUGAACCAAAUGGAUUUGGACAGAUUUUCUGUGGCGUUAUUUUAUAACCCACCUCCCGAAAAGGAGAUUGUGCCUGUGGAGGAGAAUGAGGGAUACAAGAAAGUGAAUGUGGGUGCAUAUUUGAAGCACUAUUAUGCAAUUAGUCCUACUUCAAGUAAAGAAGUCAUAUUGUUUGCUAAAGAGUAGUUUUAAAUUGUUUAUAUUAUUUUUGUGGGGUGGGAUGGGGGUGCAGUGGGGUGGAAGAAGCAAUUUCUCUUAUUUAGACUUGUUGUUUUGAGUGAUGUUUAGAUUAGAUGUCGUCGAACAAUAAUAUGUGAGUUGACAAGAACUCGUCGAAUUAUGAACGGCCACAUAUGAUGUAGAUAUAGAAUUUGUUUAUUCUUGUGUUGUUCAAAUUUUAUA